ACGCCGUCACGUGCCAAAGUCAGAGUGGGCCGGUCCCGAUACUGUUGUCUUGCGCCGCUGAGUUUCUGACCCCGCCGCGGCCUCCGCCGUUUCGUACGCCUUCUCCUCUCCCGCGCGCACCCGCCUCCGCCUCCGCCUUCCCCGGCCGCCGCCGCCGCCGCAGGAGAGGAGACGCAGGCCGCGGCGGCGUCAACCGCCGCUCUCCCUUUGCCACCAUCUCCGCUCCCGACACACACUCCACUCCACUCCAGUCCACAGCACUAACCCAUCGGUCCCGGCGAUCCCCACUAGUGCCCCUCCUCGCCCGCUUGCCAUGGCGGCUUGCGGCGCCGCGGCGGCGGAGUAUUCAGCUCUCCUGUCCCUCUCAUGUGGGCCUAUCACUCGCCGCCGUUUCGCCGUCUCCUGCCGCGCUCGACCGCCCGGCAACCUCAGUGCACAGCAGAAGAAGAAGCGAGGGAAAAACAUUGCUCCAAAACAGCGCUCUUCAAAUGCAAAACUCUUGCUUACUACUGAGGAAAAUGGACAGCUUCCAAGUACCAGUUUGAGGACUUCUAUGGAACGUCCUCAGAAGAGUACAUCCAGUGAGGACGAUACCAAUGGGGCUAUUAGCCAGAUAGAUGAAAAAAUUGCAGCCAUUGGUAAUGAACAGCAAGAGAGGUCAAAGGAUAAACAUUUCGAAUCAGACUUUCAACUUGAAGAUUUUGGGGAAAUGAUACAAAACAUGGAAAAGAAUAUUCUGCUCCUAAAUCAAGCUCGUCUUCAAGCAAUUGAAGAUGUUGACAAAAUUCUUACUGAAAAGGAAGCUUUGCAGAAAAAGGUUGACACUCUAGAGAUGAAUUUGUCAAAAGCACUUGCAACCAAAGGGAACAUAAAUACAGAUAUCCCUGGUGAUCAUUUAGAGAAAUUUACAAAAGAAAUUUUGAUAGAAAGUGCUCUAAGUGGAGGCAAUCCAGCACAUUUGUGUGAGUCUCCACUUUUCAUGGAGCUGACUGUUCUAAAAGAAGAGAAUAUGCUACUUAAGGCUGACGCACAAUUUCUUAAAGCAAAGAUUGUUGAGUUUGCUGAAACAGAGGAAUUCCUAUUCAAAUUGGAGAAAGAAAGGUCACUGUUAGACGCUACAGUUAGGGAGCUGGAAGCUAGGUUUCUAGUUGCUCAAACUGAUAUCUGGAAAGUUGUCCCUCUGCAAUAUGAUGUUUGGAUGGAGAAAGUAGAAAAUCUGCAACACAUGCUUGGAUGUUUGAAAAAUCAUGUAGAGAAGUAUGCUGCAUUGUUGGAUCAGCAUGAUGAUCUGCAUGACAAGAUUGAUGAGCUAGAAGCAUCACUAAAAGAAGGGAAAACAUCUGAGUUUUCUCCUUAUGUUGUUGAACUUCUGCAACAGAAGUUGAAAGCAGCAAAAAGCCAUCACCAAGCAGGCCAUCAAGAAACAAACACUCACAUUCAAGUAUAUCAGCAGUUAACUGAGGAAUUUCAAGAUAACCUAGGUAAACUAAUAGAAGAAAGUGGCAGACUGGAGCAUUCUGCAAAUAGUAUGCCAUCAGAAUUCUGGAGUCACAUCCUGCUCAUGAUUGAUGGUUGGUUCCUUGAGCGGAAAAUACCAAAUACUGAUGCACGUAUGCUGAGAGAAAUGGCAUGGAAGAGAGAUGACCGUAUCUGUGAAGCCUACUUUGCUUGCAAGGGUGCAAAAGAAAGUGAUGUUAUGGAAACUUUCCUAAAGCUAUCGUUAUCAGGAAACAGUCAAUGCAGUUCUGGCUUGCACAUUGUCCAUAUAGCAGCAGAGAUGGCUCCAGUGGCAAAGGUUGGCGGUCUGGCAGAUGUAGUUGCUGGUCUUGGCAAGGCACUUCAGACUAAGGGACAUUUAGUAGAGAUUGUUCUUCCCAAAUACGACUGUAUGCAACUUGACCAGAUUACUAAUCUUAAGGUUUUAGAUGUUGUCAUACAAUCCUAUUUUGAUGGAAAUCUAUUCAGCAACAACGUGUGGACAGGAACUGUUGAAGGUCUUCCAGUCUAUUUUAUUGAGCCACAGCAUCCUUCAAAAUUCUUCUGGAGGGCCCAAUACUAUGGAGAGCAUGACGAUUUUAAACGUUAUUCAUACUUUAGCCGUGCAGCACUGGAAUUACUUUACCAAUCUGGGAAGAAAAUUGAUAUAAUCCACUGCCAUGACUGGCAAACUGCAUUUGUUGCACCUCUAUAUUGGGAUAUAUAUGCAACUCGAGGCUUCAGCUCAGCUAGAAUUUGUUUCACUUGCCACAACUUCGAAUACCAAGGUACAGCACCUGCUCCUGAUUUAUCAUAUUGCGGCCUUGAUGUUGAGCAGUUGGAUAGACCAGACAGGAUGCAAGACAAUGCACAUGGAAGAAUAAAUGUUGCCAAGGGUGGAAUUGUUUAUUCCAAUAUUGUGACAACUGUAUCACCAACAUAUGCUUUAGAAGUGCGCUCAGAGGGUGGUCGUGGUCUCCAAGAUACACUUAAAAUGCAUUCCAGGAAAUUUGUGGGGAUACUUAAUGGAAUCGACACAGGAACAUGGAACCCUUCCACAGACAGAUUUCUUGCUGUGCAAUAUAGUGCUACUGAUCUUCAGGGGAAAGCAGCAAACAAAGCAUUUCUCAGGAAGCAGCUAGGGCUGUAUUCUGAGGAUGCCUCUCAACCACUGGUAGCCUGCAUUACGAGGCUAGUUCCUCAAAAGGGUCUACAUCUUAUCAGGCAUGCAAUAUACAAAACAGCUGAGUUAGGAGGACAGUUUGUACUCCUGGGUUCAAGUCCAGUUCCACAUAUUCAGAGGGAAUUUGAGGGUGUUGCAGACCAAUUCCAGAAGAAUAACAAUAUUAGGUUAAUUCUGAAAUAUGAUGAAGCUUUGUCUCAUUGUAUUUAUGCGGCAUCUGACAUGUUUAUCAUUCCAUCAAUGUUUGAGCCUUGUGGCCUUACUCAGAUGAUAGCUAUGAGAUAUGGUUCUGUGCCAAUUGUUCGACAAACUGGUGGAUUGUGUGAUAGUGUUUUUGAUUUUGAUGAUGAAACUAUACCUGUGGAGCUGCGGAAUGGCUUUACAUUUGCUAGGACUGAUGAGCAGGAUCUAAGCAGUUGCUUGGAAAGGGCAUUCAGCUACUACAGCAGAAAACCUAUGGUUUGGAAACAGUUAGUGCAGAAGGAUAUGCAGAUUGAUUUCAGCUGGGAUUCUCCAGCUUCACAGUACGAAAACCUUUAUCAGAGUGCUGUUGCUCAGGCAAGGGGAGCGGCUCAAACAUAAACCUUUUCAUGAUGACAUUGUGAGCUUAGAUUCUCCCAAGCGCAGAGACAAUCGUCAGUUUUAUCAUAUCUGAACCAGGCAUAUGCUGAAGAAAUAUUGUUCUUCUCACAUUCACAGAAUUCACACAUCGUGAUCCUUGCUGUUGCCAUUCCCGAAAGAACUGAGAAAGAGUAGUCUUACAGUUGAUCAAGAUAUUGCAUUUUGCAGUCAGUGCACGGAACUAGUUCUGGGUUUAAUGGGGAUGAGUAAUCAUAAUCUAUACUGGAUUGCCCCCCUCUAAAUUCCCCCCAACCGUUAGUUUUUGUGGGAAUGCAAGAAGUAAAUAUGUGCACUGUAGGGUGACAUUCGCAUACAUGAUACUGUACGGUUUAUUCAGAUCAACGUUUGGGUAAUGUGACUACUUUUGAGUUUGAGAGA